CUGAAAUCCUGCUGGGGAUGUGGGGUGAGUAACGCCUCAAACACCCCCAAUUCCAUAAGAAUUUGUUUGUGUCUGCAGGAUCGUUCCCAGGACCCUCGAUCAGAGCCAGGACCUCGAGCAGCCAUGACACCCCCCAGGACCCAGCCGUGGCUCAUCCCCUCGUGCCCCAAGCUGGACAUGGGCAUCCCCUUCCUGGGCAAGUACCACCGGCCGGUUUCGGGGCGCUCCUGCCAGACCUGCACGCCCAGGAGCUGGGAUGGAUUCUACCCCGAGGAGCUGGCCCCUCUGGGGUUCCGCGACGCCAGCCGCCUGACGGAGGCGGACACGCGGUUCCGGGGCUGGCUGGUCAGGAGGAUCUGUGGCUUCCUGGCAGCCUGGCAGUGGGAAAUUCCAGCAGAGAGCCCCGGGGAGCUCCUGCAGCGGAUCUGCAGCAGCAGGAGGGUGCAGGAUGCUGCCUCCAGCCCGGAGCCUGGACCCCGAGGGGAUGAGGGGUCCCAGCAGAGCUGCAAGGAGGAGAUCUGCCAGAUCCUGGGGGAAAUCCAGGCCCCACUGUCCCCCCUGGUGCUGAGGCUGUGCCACUGGCUGCUCCCCAAGCUCCUGACCCGAGUGUUCCUGAGCGUGCAGCUGCACCGGGCGCAGCUGGAGAUGGUGCUGCGAGCUGCCAGGACGCCCGAGGUGCCGCUGGUGUUCCUGUGCAGCCACCAGUCCCCGCUGGACGGGCCCCUGCUGUCCUUCCUGCUGCUGUCCCAGGGCGUGGGGCUGCCCAGGGUGGCCGUGAGCACCAGGACCAGCCCUCGCCUGAGGUCCCUGCUCCAGCGCCUGGGAGGGAUUUUCCUGCCUUCAGGCUUGGCCCCGACGUGGAGUGAGCGGGAUGAGGGGCUCCCCGGGGCCGUGCUGGACGCGUACGUGCAGGAGGUGCUGCGGAGCCGCCAGCCCCUGGUGCUGUUCCUGGAGGAGCCGUCGGCGUUCGUGCGGCUGGCGGAGCCCGCCCAGCGCUGGCUGCUGCGCCUGCUGCGGGCGCUGCGCGACGGCGCCGUGCCCGACGCGCUGCUGGUGCCCGUGGGCAUCGCCUACGACCUGGCUCCGGGCGGGCUGCAGCAGCGUGCAGCGCCCCCGGAGCCCCUGGGGCUGGGCUCGUGUCUGCGGGCAGCGUUCCAGGCCCUGUGCUGCCGCCACCAUGGCUUUGCCCGCGUGGAUUUCUCUCAGCCCUUCUCCCUACGGGAGUUUGUGGACAACAACCUGGUGGGGCCCAUGCUCAGAGGGAGUCCCCCGGAGCAGCUGCUGCUUCCCACCAUCCUGGGCAGGGGCCUGCUGGAUGUGGGGAGUGUGGGGAAUCCGGGCCCCACUCUGGGGACAGAAGAGGAGAUUUUGGUGACAGCACUGGGGCUGCACGCACUGAGCGAUUCCAGAGCCUGCUCUGCUGUCACGGCCGUGGGAAUCACCGCAGCGCUGCUGCUGCACCGCUACCAGGAGGUGGGAAAGGGGUUCCAUGGAAUCCCCCAUUCCCUGAGAGCAGCCAGCAUUCCCACUGGGAACCACCCUGAGGGCAGCCAGCGUUUGCA